AUGCUUAGAAGCCUAUACGCUGACUCGAAAUCUUCAGUAGGUAGCAAUGAUCGCAAGAUCAAGCUUGAAAAUGCUACACAUCCAUGUCCACGCUGCAAGAAGCCAGAUACAGUUCAAUUGACUCGCUAUGAAAAUGAAUGGAUUGUAUUCAACCGAAGAGUCGCUCUGCCAAACAAUAUGAAUGUACGCUACGAAUGCAAUCAGUGCAAAUGGAAGAAUCAAAUUCUACCCGAAGGUGACCCCUCUGACAAACUGACUCCCUCAGAUGAUGAGGAUGUCGAUUAUCUCUCUGCUACAAACUACAUGUUUGUUGGACCAAAGACUUUGACUAAUCAAACUGCCUCUUCCUCCAAUUCCUCUAUUUCCUCCAAUUCCUCCAAUUCCUCCAAUCUCACAUCUAAACCUUAUUCAGCUUCACUUUAUCAGCCAUCCGCUAGUCGCUCUACUACAUCCUGGAAACAGAGAUCAUUAUUUAUGAAACGAGCUUCUUGCUCAACCUAG